AUGCCUCCGCGAAGCAGCGCGGACACUAUUCGUAUCCUUGUCGCUACUGAUAGCCAUGUAGGUUACGAAGAGCGAGACCCAGUCCGAAAAGAUGAUUCAUGGAGAAGCUUCGACGAAGUUAUGCGCAUGGCAAAAGACCAAGAUGUCGACAUGGUACUCUUGGCUGGUGAUUUAUUCCACGACAACAAGCCAUCCCGGAAAUCUAUCUACCAGGUUAUGCGAUCUCUUCGACAGAACUGCUUAGGAGAGAAGCCUUGUGAGCUGGAGUUCCUUAGCGAUGCAAACGAGGUUUUUGAUGGUGCCUUCAAUAUCGUCAACUACGAGGACCCGGAUAUCAAUGUUGCUAUUCCUGUCUUCUCCAUUCAUGGCAACCACGAUGAUCCAACAGGAGAUGGUCAUUUAUGCUCUCUUGACCUCCUGCAAGUGUCAGGUUUACUCAACUACUUCGGCCGAACGCCAGAAUCCGACAGAAUCGAGAUCAAGCCUAUUCUUUUACAGAAAGGUAAUACCAAGCUGGCACUCUAUGGUAUGAGCAAUGUCCGAGAUGAGAGACUCUAUCACACAUGGAGAGAAGGUGGUGUUAAGUUCUUCUCACCAAGUAUUCAAAAGAAGGAAUGGUUCAAUUUGAUGGCCCUCCACCAAAAUCACCAUGCACAUACUGAGUCUAGCUACCUUCCAGAGAACUUCUUACCUCAGAUGUUGGAUCUCAUUAUCUGGGGACAUGAGCACGAAUGUCUGAUCGAUCCACGCGAAAACCCAGAGAUGGGCUUUAAAGUGAUGCAGCCUGGCUCUUCCAUUGCAACGUCGCUCGUGCCUGGAGAAGCAGUCUCGAAGCAUGUUGCUAUUAUUAGUGUCACUGGCCGCGAUUUCACUGUUGAGAAGCAUCGCAUCAAGUCUGUGCGACCCUUCAUCCAUCGGGAGCUGGUACUUGCGGACGACGACCGCUUCAAGCGCCUCGCCAAGGUAAAAGACAACAAGAGUCUUUUGACCGAUAAAUUACACAAGCUGGUAAACGAGCUUAUUGAAGAGGCGAAGGAGGAGUGGCUUUCGAUUCAGGAUCCUGAUGAUCCACCAGAAGAGAUACCUUUGCCGCUCGUAAGACUCAGAGUUGAGUAUUCGGCGCCUGACGGUGGCAAGUUCGAGUGUGAAAACCCUCAGCGAUUCUCUAACCGCUUCUCCGAGACUGUCGCCAACCGAAAGGAUGUGGUCCAAUUCUACCGGAAGAAGACAGCAAGCAGAAAAACGAAUUCUGACUCGAAGGAAAUGCCCGAUGCAGAGGUUCUGGCAGCUAUCACCAACGACAAUAUCAAGGUUGGAAAGCUUGUCCACGAGUUUCUUUCAGCUCAGUCACUCAAAAUCCUCCCCCAGGAGCCUUUUGGAGAUGCUGUUACUCAGUUUGUUGAGAAGGACGAUAAGCACGCUAUGGACACCUUCAUUGUCGAUAGUCUUGCUACGGGAGUCAGAGACUUGAUGGGCUUGGAUAAUGAGGAAGAUGAUCUUGAACCUGCUAUGGAGCGAUUGCGCGAGAAGCAGAAUGCUGAUUUCAGAGCCGGUGUCAAGAAGCCAAAGAGAAAGGGUGUUCUGAAGCCUGUACCUGCAGGAUGGGACUCGGACGUCGAUGGCGAAUGGGCUGACCAGCCUGGUUCGAUGGUCUAUUUAGACAACGAUGACCAAGAGGAAGACCAUACUCCAAAGCCUGCAGCCAAGCGUGGUGCAAGGAAAACUGUGGCAAGUGAUGACGAUAACGAGUCGGUCAUUUCCAAUACGGCCAAGAAGGCUCCGGCAAAGAAGGCUCCAGCGAAAAAAGCUCCAGCAAAGCCCAAAGCUGCACCGAAGGCAAAGGCACCCGCAAAGGCACCGGCAAAAGGUCGGAAGAAGGUUCUGGAACCAAGUGAUGAUGAAGAUGACGACGAUAUUGUCAUGCUUGAUGAGCCAGCUCCAACAAAGUCGCAACCGAGACGAGCUGCUGCUACGACUACGAGAGGUCGGCAAACGCAGCUUAAUUUCUCGCAAACACAGGCAAAGAGCCAGGCUGCCCAGGAAUUGAGCGAUGAUGAGAUCUCGGAUGAUGAUGCAUUUGAGCCAGUUCCUGCAUCAUCUAGAAGAAAGUAG